AUGCUUCAUUUGCCUCAAUACGACCUUAUUAUCAUUGAUGGACCCGCCCGCACCAGUCAAGCCACCAAAGAAAUUGCGGAAAAGGCCGAUUUAAUAAUUCAACCUACUGGAGCUAGCCGUUUAGAUUUAGUGCCAGCGGUCAAAGAAUUCCACGCCCUCAAAGAAGCAGGAAUUAAGCCAAAAAAGUUAUUAUUCUUUUUAACUCGCCUAUCCACGCCAGCCGAAGCGGAAGCCACCCAAGAAUAUUUAAAAAUUAGUGGUUAUCCUUAUUCGCCCAUCGUUCUUUACGAAAAAGCCUCUUACCGCCAAACCCAAAAUGAGGGCAAAAGCAUCACCGAAACUAGGUAUAAAAGUCUUAAAAAGCAAGCUCAACAGUUAAUUAAUAACUUUAUUUGUGAUAAUUGCCAGAAAAAGUUCCAAAAUGAAACCGCUUAUUCACCACAAUUAGACUCCGGUUUUUUAACUGAAACUUAUUGCCUUAACUGUAUAGAAACCACCAAGCAAAAACCUGAAACUUGCUCUUUUAAGGAAAUAGACCAUAAAACUAACCAGUAUAUAGCUUGGGAAGUUCCCCAAGCAGCUAGCCAAAACUUACAGGCUCCCGAAACUGCUCCUAGCGAUAAAAGAAUUUCCGGUCGCACCAAGCAAUUAAAUUUAAAAGUCAAAGAGCAAACUUAUUGA